UUCUUACACUUGAGCACAACGUGAGGGACUUAUAAUAGGGUGCGUGGGAGUGAGAAAGAGAGAAAGAAGCGUACAAGUUGUUUGAGGCCUUGGUUCUGCGUUCUUUGAUAUUCUUACCCUGAAUUCUCUCCGACCCUUCCUCACCUUUGUCUUCUUUCUUCCUAUGUAUAUACAGAUUUACAUAUACUUAUCGAUAUCUAUCUAGAGAAUAAAUUUUUACCUACAUAGCUAUAUAGCAUCCAUCUAUAUUUUGUUGCAUCUGGGUAUUAGUGGGAUAUGUUGCAGCUUCUUGAUUGCAAUUGUUCUCUCGAUGGGCAACAGAAUUCAUUCCAGCACUGGAAAAUUUAUGGGUUUAUUACAAGGCCUACGAGAUUAAGAUUUUGGGUCUGCUUGUGAAUUCCACCAGUAGGUUCGAGAUUUAGGUUUUUUUGAGGCUAGAGGGUCAUAGGAAAUUUGUAUAGAGUUUGUUCAGCUCCACCAAUGAAAUGAGUUAUAGACUGGAAUCGAUACUGGAAUAGUGGUUUCUGUUUUUCAUGGUUCAUAAAUCUAGCAAAAGUGCAGUGCUUUGAAGGUAGAUUAUCAGGCUGUUAACAUACUUCUGCUUUAUUACUGAGUUCAGAGUUAUCGUUGUGUGCUUCAUUUCUGGGAUAGAAAUCCUGGUUGCGUAAUAAUUUCUGUGACUAAACCAUUGAAGUAUGAGUAGAAGGGUGCGGAGGAGGAUUGCGAGGAGGGGCAAAGAGAAAGUGGAUUGUGUGGAGAUUGAUGAGAAUUUGAGUUUGGACAGGAAAGGGAUACUUGAUUGGAUCAGGUUACCUGAUGAUACAGUAAUUCAGCUAUUUUCAUGUUUGAAUUACCGUGACCGGGCUAACCUGUCAUCAACCUGUCGGUCAUGGAGGAUUCUGGGUAAAUCUCCAUGUUUGUGGCAGGAAUUGGAUCUGCGGCCCCACAAGUGUGACACUUUUGCUGCUGCUUCACUUGCCUCUCGGUGCCAGAAUCUUCAGAAGCUUCGGUUUCGUGGUCUUGAAUCUGCCAAUGCAAUUAUAAAUCUUCAAGCUAGGAAUUUACGUGAGAUUAGUGGUGACCGUUGCAAAAAAAUGACUGAUGCUACCCUCUCUGUACUUGCAGCCCGACAUGAAGCUUUAGAGUGCCUUCAGAUUGGACCAGAUUUCUGUGAAAGGAUAAGCAGCGAUGCAGUUAAAGCAGUGGCAAUUUGUUGUAGACAACUGCAGAAACUUCGGCUCUCAGGUAUUCAUGAAGUGGAUGCAGAUGCUAUCAACGCUUUGGCAAAGCAUUGUCUGAAUUUAACAGAUAUUGGAUUCAUUGACUGUCGGAAAGUUGAUGAGACUGCCCUUGGAAAUGUUGGAUCAGUUUGCUUCCUCUCAGUUGCAGGAACAACUAAUAUUAAGUGGAAUUUGGUUUUACAGCCUUGGAGUAAGCUGCCUCACCUGACAGGCUUGGAUGUUUCUAGAACUGACAUUAACCCAAGUACUGUUUUAAGAUUUUUUUCGUCCUUCCAUAGUUUGAAGGUUUUGAGUGCCUUGAAUUGUCCAGCACUUGAGAAUGAUGCGACCUUCAUUUCCAACAACAAUCACAAAGGUAAAAUGUUGCUUGCUGUCUUCACGGACAUUCUUAAAGGAGUAAGUACCCUAUCUGCCAAUACUUCAGAAGACAGAAGGAAUGUUUGCUUGAAUUGGAGAAAGUUUAAAACCAAGGAUAGGGAAUCAGAGGGGAUCAUGAAUUGGCUGGAAUGGAUCCUUUCCCAUUCACUUCUACGUGUUUCUGAGGGCAAUCCACCAGGUUUAGAUAAUUUCUGGCUCAACCAAGGCUCGACCUUGUUGCAUAGUUUCAUACGUAGUGCCCAGGAGGAAGUUCAAGAAAGGGCAGCCACGGCUCUUGCAACAUUUGUCGUCAUCGAUGAUGAAAAUGCUAGUAUAGACACUGGAAGGGCCGACGCAGUUAUGCGUGAUGGUGGCAUACACCUUCUCCUAAAUCUUGCUAGGUCAUGGCGGGAGGGGCUUCAGUCAGAAGCUGCUAAGGCCAUAGCAAACCUGUCAGUGAACGCUAAUGUUGCAAAAGCUGUGGCAGAGGAAGGAGGAAUCAGUAUUCUUGCAAAUCUUGCCGGUUCCGUCAACAAAUUGGUUGCAGAAGAGGCUGCUGGAGGGCUGUGGAACCUUUCUGUCGGUGAAGAGCACAAGGGUGUUAUUGCUGAAGCUGGUGGUGUAAAGGCUUUAGUUGAUCUCAUCUUCAAAUGGUCAAGGACCACUGGUGGUGAAGGAGUUUUGGAACGUUCGGCUGGUGCAUUGGCAAAUUUGGCAGCAGAUGAUAAAUGCAGCAUGGAAGUUUCUUCAGUGGGCGGUGUCCGUGCUUUGGUAGCACUUGCUCGAAAUUGCAAGGAUGAAGGAGUGCAAGAGCAGGCAGCUCGUGCCUUGGCAAAUUUGGCUGCUCAUGGAGAUAGCAAUGGUAACAAUGCUGCUGUUGGACAAGAGACAGGAUCUCUUGAAGCUCUUGUACAACUCAUCCACUCUCCUCAUGAUGGUGUCAGGCAAGAAGCUGCUGGUGCAUUAUGGAAUCUAUCCUUUGAUGACCGAAAUCGAGAAGCCAUUGCAGCAGUUGGUGGCGUUGAGGCAUUGGUGGCUCUUGCACAGUCUUGCUCAAAUGCUUCUCAUGGCCUUCAGGAGAGGGCUGCUGGUGCUUUGUGGGGAUUGUCCGUCUCGGAAGUUAAUAGCAUUGCAAUUGGCCGAGGAGGAGGUGUAGCACCCCUAAUAGCAUUGGCACAAUCAAAUGCCGAGGAUGUCCACGAGACUGCUGCAGGAGCUAUUUGGAAUCUUGCUUUUAAUCCUGGUAAUGCUCUUCGAAUUGUAGAGGAAGGAGGGGUUCCAACCCUAGUUCAUCUCUGUUCUUCUUCUGUAUCAAAAAUGGCACGAUUCAUGUCGGCGUUGGCACUGGCAUACAUGUUUGAUGGAAGGCUAGACAAAAAUUGCAUGCUGUGUUGCAGAAUGGAUGAAAUUGCCCUGACAGGGACAUCCACAGAAAGCACUUCCAAGAGUGUAAGCCUAGAUGGUGCUAGAAAAAUGGCUUUAAAAAACAUUGAAGCUUUUGUCCUGACCUUUUCUGACCCACGAGCAUUUUCUGCUGCUGCUGCAUCAUCAGCUCCUACUGCACUGACCCAAGUAACAGAAUCUGCUCGGAUUCAAGAAGCAGGCCAUCUAAGAUGCAGUGGUGCGGAGAUAGGAAGAUUUGUUGCGAUGCUACGAAAUCCUUCCUCUAUACUAAAAGCAUGCGCCGCAUUUGCUCUUCUUCAGUUUACCAUCCCUGGUGGCCGGCAUGCACAGCAUCACGUAGGACUUCUGCAGAAUGCUGGAGCACCAAGGGUGCUGCGUGCGUCAGCAGCAGCAACAGGUGCCCCACUGGGAGCCAAAAUUUUUGCACGUAUUGUUCUCCGAAAUCUGGAGCAACAUCAGAAGAGAUCUUUGGUCUGAGUAGCUGCUGAUCCAACAAUAACUCAGCAGGAACAGAUGUUUGAAUGGUCGAAAGAGUUGUUAGGGAAAAAUACAAUCUCAAUUUGCAACUCAUUUGUAGGUCCUUAUUGGCUUUCUUGCUAUAUAAGUUCUUCCUAAAGAGCCUGCAAUUCUGCCACCAAAUAAGAUUGUUAGCAUAGGUUUGUGUGGUUUUUUUUCUUCUUCACUUUCCAAUUGUUUCUCAGUUAAAAGUUAUAAACAUGACAUUUGUGCAUAUGCUAUUACCUUGAGACUCGUUUUAAGUUGUUUCUGUGGUGACCUUUUUUGUGAAACUGUGAUUGUUCGUUGGCUUUGCCGGCU